AUGUAAUAAUAUCCAAUCAGAUCCUAUUCUAAGUAUUAAAACCAGCUUCAAGAAUACACCACGCGAUACACUCCAAACAAGUAUACGGAUUGGCACAAGAAGUACGAGCCCAAACACAAGUUCGAUUGCCAACCUGACCUCCAAUUCCAAGCUCAAUCAAUAGCUAACCAGAGGGAUUUUCAAAUUACGCAGAGAAGAUACUCUCAAUUCACUCAAGCACAAGCUCCCCUCAACCAAUAUCAUUCGGAGCGCUCUAACAAAGAGAAUAAACCAAAUAUCUAAUAAAAUUUUGAUGUGGAAACUUAUGUUCGUAGACUCCAAAUUAAACUAAACCAAAGACACUGA